AUGCCCUCCCCCCUAACAACGACCCUAAUCCAAUCCACCCUCCUCAACGCCCUUUCCAACAUCCUCGCCCAAAUAAUCGCCCAGCAUAAAAAAGACGGCCCAUUCACACUCAACACCCUCGCCCUCCUCCAGUUCCUCACCUACGCCAUUAUCAUCGUCCCCAUUAACUUCUCCUGGCAGAAGUAUCUGGAGGCGAGAUGGCCCGGGUUUCCUGGGAGGAAGAGUAGGAGUCGGCCUAUUGCUGUUGCUGGCGCCGAGGCGAAGGCUGGCGCUGUGGUUGUGACGGUUGAGCCGGCGGAUCUGCUCCCUGUUAAGGAGAAGGUGGAGGAGAAGCAGCGGGUAUCUGGAGCACGAUCGCGCUCCGGGCUGGGUAAUUUCCUAAUGAAGUUCUUCCUCGAUCAGACGGUUGGGUCGGUGAUGAACAUUCUCUUGUUUAUUGUGUUGAUAAAUGUGCUCAAGGGGGUGGGGUGGAGCAGGAUUGGGGAGUUGAUCUAUGAGGACUUUGGGCCGAUCAUGAUUGCGCGGCUUAAGUAUCGGCCUGUUGUGUCGGCGCUGUUGUAUACGGUUGUUCCUGUGGAGAGGCGCGUGGUGUUUGGGAGUGCCUGUGGGGUUGUCUGGGGGAUCUAUUUAAGCUUAUAUGCUGCUGUAUAG